AUGCAACUUAUCGCGAUCAGCCACGUUGGUUCCCCACUAGCCACUCCUGCCCUGCCACACGCCUGUCGGCCCACUUUCCCCAGCCCUCUUAGCCUAUCCUACCGUUCUCUCGGUACUCCGCCCAAGCUCACCUUCCCUUUCCUCGCCAUCUUUCCCCCAGCCGUCCUGUUCACCGCCCAUCUCCAAGCCGCCUCUCACCCUCGCUCGCAGCACGACCCUCCCAAACAACUUGCCUCCCUUAUCCUCGCCGUCCGUCUAUCCUACUUUCCCUUGCCGAACACUCCCCGAACGGCCCGACACCCUCGUCGACACGAGGUCCCCGGGCCCUUCCUUGCCCUCUUCAGCUCCAAUUCCCCCACCGCUCUGCACCCGCGCUUCCUCUCCCGUUUCUUCUCCAAUUCUUACCGCGCUCGCGUGCCUUAG